AUGUCGGGAGUCAGGAACCUCCGUGCCAUGUUCGAACAAAAGGGUGAGAAUAACCCUCCAGAUCGAGGAAGAUCUCCUGGUCCAUCCGGUGUUUCAGUUGGAUCUCCCUCUCCUACUCAUUCGCCUCGCCCGCUUUCCAAGGUUCGGACUACCUUUGUGGCGAUUGAAAAGGACGGUCGGUUAGGGUUGAGAAGAGAGCCCAGUGGGGAUUCGGUCUCUGUUUCUAGCCAGAAGCUCAGUGACGCUACUGACGCUACUACACCACAGCCGGUGCCCGAGAAACCAGAGCCCUUGGCUGAGAACAUGGCUAAGAACGUUUCGGCCUUUAAAGCGAAUUUGUCUCAAGAAUCUAUCCCAGAGUCGCCAGUUCAAGCCGCCCCUCCUAAGUCUCCCACGAAAUCUUCUCCAAAGAAGCAGAGCUCGAGUCCUCCUCUGGCUCCGAACCCAAAUCCAGACAAGGUAACAGAUGAGGAGGAAACAAGGACGAAAUUACGACCAGGAAAUCCGACAGAGAAAUCGGUGUCAAGGGGAAGUAGCGUAGCGCCAGCGAGUGGACGUAGUAGCGCGUCGACAAAUAGCAGCAAGACAAAGACCGCUACCGCCACUAAACCCGCUCCCAAAGCUGUUUCUACCACAGCUAAGCCCGUGUCUAAAGCUCCCAAGUCGCCCAAGACUCUUAAGCCAGCGAGUAGCACUGCGAAGCCUACUUCCAGUACUUCGAGCCUGGCUUCUCAAAAGAGGUCUACUCCUGCAUCGUCCAGAGAGCGCGAAGCGCCUAAAAAGGCGGCCGCUACGACUGCAAAGCCGGCAGCUACAUCUACCAAGAAACCAGCAUCCCUCGAUCUCCCAUCAUCGGGGGCCGGGUCUGUAAAGCCAAAGGCUAAGUCGCCGACUCGGCCAGUCAAACUACCGUCAUCUUUGACGGCGCCCACUGCGGCUUCCGCUUCCAAGCUUGGAAACAGCACCGCAGCUCAGCCUCCUAGACAGUCUCUGUCGCGAGCUUCUGGUAACGCUCAGCAUCACAACGUGAGUUCUACUACAUAUAGGUCGCCUAGCAGGCAAAGCCUAUCUAGUUUGAGCACUACAUCUAAUACGAAUGGCCUGAAACGUCAGACUUCGGCUGCUAGUCGACCACGCCCUAGUUUUGGGCCUCCUCCGAAGCCAACGGCUAGAGAUCACCCGAUUAUUAAGAGGGAUGGUCACGUCGACGAAGGGUUCCUCGCGCGAAUGAUGCGCCCAACUGCAAGCAGUUCCAGCAAGACUGCUGAUAAGGCGCCAGUGACGCCACCCCGAAAGCCGACUACACCCUCAGCCAGCCAGAAGAGGGUAGCGGCCAAGGAUGGUGAGGGGAUCGCGAAGAAAGCGGUGUCCAGAGUCCAAUCUGCAACGAACAAGGCUAAGGCAGCAACAGAGAGCACAAAGCCUGCCGACAAGAAGACCCCAUCAGCAAAGGAGGUUGCUCCAGUCGUCGCCCAAGCUGAGACGGCAGAAGCAGCUAUCGAAACCGCCAAGGUUUCGGCCGAUACUGCUAUCAAGGAGGGCAGCGUUUCCUCGGAAAAGUCUUCCGAGCAAGUGACGACGGUUCCCGCCGUUACUGAAGACCCAGAGAAGGUUGAAGACAUUGAGGAUGUAGUUCAACCGGCACUAGAACCUGCCGCUGAGAUAUACGCGGCUAAGAGCGAAACCGGAGAUGUACAAGAAGAGCUGCCCGUAUCUGAAGGUGCCAAUGAGGUCGUUCCUCAAAGCGAGGCUGCCGAAACGACUGAAGAGGUAAAGGCUGAGGGACAGCUGAUAGGGGAAACUUUCUAG